AUGCUUCCACCAACCAAGGGUGGUGUACUUUCCAGCAGUAUGGAAGUGUUCGCCGCUCUUUGCAUGGACACGGCUGAUCAUGACAAGUUCCUGUGUUCUCGUGAUGAGACCAGUGCUCCUCCUGAGUUCUACGAACAAUACGUUCAGGAGAUUCUUGCCGCUGUCCGUCAUAACGCCAAGAUGGAGUUCAAUGGCAUCUGGAAGACUAACCAUGAGGUGAAGUAUCCUGAUGGAUCGAGGUAUAUUCGUAAGACUGAUGCAACCAUCUUAUUGUCGAAGAAGAUCAACGACAUGCAGUCUUAUAUCCUUGGCGUCCUCGAGGAACAUGAUCCUGAGAAUGAUUGGAUGGUUCGUGCUGUUCUCAGACGUUGUGUGCCCAGGUUGCUUCUUGUUCAUUGUGGUUUGGAUAAGAUUGUCGAGAACACUCCCGAGGCUUAUCUCAAUGCUAUGGUUGCCACGUGGAUUGCUGACGAGUUCGUCUACUCUAAUGGUCUACAGACUAGCGAGUUCGGCUUCUUCCAGUUCAUGCGCUCGCUCGAGGAAAAGUCCGAAGGUGAGGUUACCCCUUCUACUAUGUGAUUUACUGAAACUUUCUAUACAAAAGCUAUAUAGGGCAUCGUACAUCUGUUGCCGCCGAAUUUUUUUCUCAAUACUUCGAAGA